AAAGUAUUUGGUAUGGGACAUAACCAGAAAAUGCUAGCAAAUUCAGAAAAUUCAGCAUUAUAUAAAGUUGAGUGAAAAUUUCUUCAAUAGAGAAGGAAUCCCUCUUCUGUACUGAAUCAGUGAAUGGAGAACAAGCUCUUCGGUAGAAGAGAAGCAGCAUCCAAAAAUGGAGAACCAGCUCCCUCCUAAGAAAGUGCCAGGCUUCUGUUCCCUUCGCUAUGGUGUGUCCCUGCUUCUGCACUUCUGCAACGGGGCAAUCAUGACACAGCGUGUGUGCCUGAGCCUCACGAUGGUGGUGAUGGUGAAUGACACAUGGGGUCUGACCAAUGUCUCUUCAAGGGAGAAUCCGGGCAACAUAAUGAACCCUGUCUAUAAUUGGAGCCCUGCUAUACAAGGGAUCAUCUUAAGUUCCAUCUUCUAUGGCAUAGUUAUUGUCCAAAUUCCUAUUGGAUACUUAUCCGGAAUAUACUCUAUAAAGAACAUGGUUGCCUGUGGAUUAUUCCUCAGCUCUGUUCUCACUCUGUGCAUCCCACCAGCUGCUCAGGUUGGAGAAACUUUGGUCAUUGUGUGUCGAAUAGUCCAGGGAAUGGCCCAGGGAACAAUAGCAACAGCCCAGCAUCACAUAUGGGUCCGGUGGGCUCCUCCUUUGGAACGAGGGCGACUCACCUCUAUAAGUGUCUCAGGGGUUAUGCUGGGACCCUUCAUUGUCCUGCUUGUGACUGGAUUGAUCUGUGAUCUUCUGGGCUGGCCUUUGGUCUUCUAUAUUUUUGGUGUUUAUGGCUGUGUCCUAUGUGUUUUCUGGUUCGUUCUGUUUUAUGAUGACCCAAAGGACCACCCAUAUAUAAGCAUCAGAGAGAAAGAAUACAUCCUAUCAUCCCUCGCCCAGCAGGACAGCUCAAGUAGUGUGACAACUCUGCCCAUCAAGGCUAUGCUGCAGUCCCUCCCACUCUGGGCCAUUUCCCUCUGUAAUUUUGCUCUUCUCUGGACAAAUAAUUUUGUAGUUACAUACACCCCAACAUUUAUCAACAGUGUACUUCAUGUUGAUGUAAAAGAGAAUGGGCUUCUGUCCAGCCUGCCCUUUCUGCUUUCCUACAUCAUUGGUAUCCUAGGAGGUUACAUGGGAGACUUCCUCCUGUCCAGAAAUAUUCUCAGCACCAUUUCUGUCCGGAAACUCUUCACUAUACUAGGAAUGUUCCUGCCUGUAGUGUUCAAUAUGUGCAUGCUCUACCUGAGUUUCAACUUUUAUAGCGCCAUUAUCUUCCUGAUACUUGCUCAUUCAACAUCCUCCUUUGUUUUAAGUGGAGUAUUCAUAAAUGUCUUGGAUAUCGCCCCCAGAUAUUAUGGAUUUCUUAGAGGAACUACAUCUUUAAUUGGAAUGAUAGGAGGCAUACUUUCUUCAACUGUCAGUGGAUUAAUCCUUAAUGAGGAUCCAGAAACUUCUUGGUAUAAAAUCUACUUCUUGAUGUCAUCCAUUAGUGUGAUAACUCUAAUUUUCUACCUUAUAUUUGCUAAAGCAGAAAUUCAGGAUUGGGCUAAAGAAAUCCAAGACACCCGACUUUGAAGAAUUAAAGGAUCAUUCCAGGUGUUGAAUGGCAAUCGCUGUUAAGCUCACAGAAAGAAAGGCAUGAAGACACUGUGUGCCUCCUCAGGAGCCAUGCACUACCGCCUUGUUAAGAAAAUGAGCCAAAUCUGAUCAAGCGUCUAGAAACAGCCAUGUUAACUAGGUACUGAGAACAGAGAAUACAUUAAAAUGCAAGGAUGUCGUCAAAAUCAGGGAGAUUUUAUAGGUCAAAAGACUCAGAUCUUUAACAAAUAAAUUGUAAAGAAUGGAAGAGGACUCUCAAGAUUAAAAAAACUUUAAAAACAUCAAAUUUUUUAAACUAUGGGAGAUUUUAUAGGUCAAAAGACUCAGAUCUUUAACAAAUAAAUUAUAAAGAAUGGAAGAGGACUCUCAAGAUUAAAAAAACUUUAAAAACAUCAAAUUUUUUAAACUAUAUUUUCAUUGGAGCAUAUUAAUUUCACAAAAUAUUGGAUUUCAAAGUGAUAUUUUAUACAUGCAUUUAGUGUAUUUUGAUCAAAAUAAUGCCCCCAUUACUUUUCCUUACCCCCACCCCCUCAUCCCUUUCCUCUUGCCUAAUAAGUUUUCAUGCUGCUUUCAUAUCAUUUUUUCUCUAUUUAGAUUCCACAUAUUAGGGAAAACAUGAGAUCUUGUUUUUCUGACUGUGGCUUAUUCCACUUAACAUAAUUUUCUCCAGUUUCACCCACUUUCCUUCAAAUGACAUAAUUCUGUUCUUCUUCAUGGCUGAAUAGUACUCCACUGUGUAUAUAUGCCACAUUGUCUUUUUUUGUUUGUUUGUUUUUCUCCA